GGAAGCUCUAAAUGAGGGUACCACCUCCUGGCUCGUGUGCCAAACGGGAGAUAGCUCCCAAGCAACGCCAGUCGCUGUCGUAUUGCGCAGCCCCCCGUGGCGUAGUUGUUUACGGCGCUAUGUGUCAGGAAUGGGGACUUGGCCAUAGCUGUCCCUUCUUAAAGUCGUCUCGCCCUCCGAUGUCAUUCUAUCAGCGCCUCUUCAGAAGCUCGAUUCAUUUUCUACUCAUCGCCUCCUUCGACAAUGGCCAUGAACAAGCCCUCGUCCCCGCAAGAAUGGCACCAGUGGGCCACUUCUCCCUCGCUCAGCAAAAUACCUGCGAUGGCCAGUCAGAUCACGACCGGUACAAGCUCUGUGACACGCGAUGUCUACGUCGACGUCAGCCACCUUCAAACGGCCGGAGUCGACUUCACCUAUGUCUACACUGACAUCCUCGCGCUCUCCCCCGCUCCGACGGUGCAGCUGCCGCUGCCAGCGCUCGCCUCUAUCACGAUCUUUUCGAGGGUGAUAACCUCGGAGGCGCCGGUGAACAUCCACCUAACGACCGCAUCUGACGAUGCUGCUCAAGUAAUAAUCUGGGCGACGUACGUCGACCAGCCGAUUACCGUGUCGCUUGGGAACGGCUCGCCGCAAGCGCUGAACCUCGGCGUCAUGUCGGGGAACGUUGGCGUCUCUCUGACGGCCACCAAAGGCACCCUCGCCGUGGAGUACUACAAGAGCUACUUCUUCCAGGACAUCGCUCCCGACGGCGACCUGUACAAGAUGCUCGCAACGCAGCUCCGCAUCACGUCCGUUCUCUUCUGGACUCAGCCAAUGGUCGCCGCGCUCCUUGCGCUCCACGUCGUGCGCACCACUGUCCGCGCCUAUGGGAGCAGCGCGCUGCUCAACAUCCAAGCGUCCGCAAUCCUGCAGCAGAUCAGGGCGGCCGAUUUCGCUGGGCCGGGCACCUCGUACGCGCCAGUCCUAAAGCUCGACUUCUACAGGAACUCGAUGGUGACCAUCCUCACUGCCGGAGCCGCAUUCCAGGCGCAGUACGACCGCUUCACGGACAACAAAGCCACCGUUGACGACCAGCUGAAGGCGUGGGAUAGCAUGCUCGUGCAGGCGCAGAGCACACUGGCCAUGCAGCAGCAGCUUGCGCUCGACGCGAAGUCGAAGUGGCUUUCCGCGCAGCAGAUUCUCUCGACGGCGCAGAACGACAUGAAGGUUCACCAAUGGACCCUGGACGUUAAAGCGUCCGCCUUUCGCGCUGGGAUCGCGAUUUGGCAGCGGCAGAAGACGCUCGACGCUGUGGUCAACAUACUGCAGGCUAUCGUUACAUUCGCCCUCGCCAUUGGCGCUAUAUGUAUAGGAGACCCCGCGCCUGCCGCCGCUGCGCCUGCUGAGGCUGCUGCUGCUGUUGAGAGUGCCGCCGCCGCUGCAGAUGCCGCCGCGAAGGUGACGGGCAGCAUCAUCGACAAGAAAACCUUGGAAAACAUCCAGAAGGUUGUUACGGGUAUCUCGACCAUGGUGCACUCCACUAUCGACAAUGCAAACGCCAUCAACAGCGCCGCAGCUGGCGGGUCGAGUGCUUUGUCUCCCUUCCCCGAGGAGCAGGGCGAUGGGGACUUGCAGGCCCUCGUCGGUGGGGCUGCGUGGGACAAGUGGAUCCUCGGCGUCGAGGCCCAGAUGGGCUACGCGGUCUCCGAGGGCAUCGGCGGCGCUUCCGGGUACCUCCUCGAGCUGCGCAACCACGCCAUCAACGGCAAGCUCACGACGCAGGCGAGCGCACAGGCCGUCAAGGCGGGGCAGGAGUACGUUCACCACCAGCUCGCUCUGCAGCUCGCGCAGGCGGACAUGGUGCGCCUGCAUGCGCUGCGCCUGUCGUUCAAGAACGAGGCGGACCAGCUCGACGUCGCGCGGCUGCACUUCUACGACCGCCUCGACGCGAUGCGCACGAGCACGCUCAUCGAGCUCCGCAACAUCAUGUGGGCGUUCAAGUUCUACACGCUGACGGAUAGCUCCUUGGUUCUCGACCCGAGCAAGCGGAUGGAGGAGUAUCAGGCAGACCUCUCUCAGCUCGUCCGCGAGGUCGAGAGCUACGAAGAAGGCACGGCGAGCGACAAGUCCCCCAUCCAUUUUGUGCGCGAUAUCAAAGACCCGUGCUUCGACAGCAUCGGUCUUAGCGUCAUUGCCGCCCUGCAGCAACAGCAUUCUGCUACCUUCGCCCUGGUCCCUCGUCCCAGCACCGGUGACAAAGCUCUACCAUACCCAGCAGGCCCCUUCACCGACGGCAGCGCCUUCCGCGUCUUCGGCAUGCGCGUCGUCUUGCAGGGCCUCGUGCCCAAGCCCUCGGCGCUCUCACAGGCUGGCACGGCCGUCGUCUGGAUUACUGUCGGUACCUCGGGCAUCUACAAUGACAUCCGCAGGGACAACGCGGUCUUCGGCUUUACCAGCCUGCCCCAGAUUCGUCAGUUCAAGUACCUCGUCGACGCGCAGGGCAAGGCGGUCAACAACGGCAUCGAAGUCGACUCGAUCAUCACGAUGUCGCAGCACAUGGAUCCACCCCCUUUUACGCAGUGGUCGAUCACGAUUGACCAGCCGGACCUUUUCGACCUGACGAAUCUGACGGGUGUCCAGCUGGAAUGGCAAGGUGUAGCGUACAUGUAAAUUGAAUAAACUCGACUAUAUUGACUUGGUAUCUUUGUAGGAUCGUUGUACCAUCAGAAUUUGAAUCUCUGUCCCGCUGUA